AAAUUUUUCUUUCCGCGAUUAAUGUAUUCAUGGCAUGAACUUAGCUGUUCAAUACUUGGAAAACGAAACGCUUGAAAUUCCUGAAGAACAUGGAAUUUUGAUUUGAAUGAAUGAAUAAUGAUCAAUGGUUUGGAGUUAUAACAAAGAUGACAGCGUACAUGAAGAUCGAAAACGGAUAUCGACAAAAACAAUAAAUUUCUUUAUUUUAUCGAAGGUGGAAGAUCUUGAUGAAUUUAUUGGGGUAAAUAUGGUGUUCAAAACACAAUAUUCAUAGGAACAAUGGAUAAGAUUUGCGUACAUUGAGAUGCCUAAAUUCAAGCCGAAUCAUGCAAAGUCUUAUGAAAAGAAGAUACCGAAAAUCAAUCAUCCUUCGUCGACACCGGACACUUUGAUAUAUGUUGAAUUUGUCUUUCAGUGCCUGUUCAAAAUAUUAGGAUUUGCUUUGAUAUAUGGCUUUCUCGUCGUAGCUGUUCCGAUAUCUCUGAUCGUCAAACUUGUUUCGAAAUUGCUCGCAUUCGCUCGGCUAAAGUAUCGCGAUGUGAAAGCGAAUUACGGCAACGCUUGGGAAACCUUCUGGUUUUUAUCUGAUGGGGAAGGUCAUACGGCGAAUUUAAUAUUAUUGUGCACUGUGAACGGCAGUCUGAGUUCUGAAAGACUCCAAAACUUUCUCCACGAUCGUUUCCUUUGCAAGAAGGAGCGCGAAGAAGAAUCCGGUUAUUUAAGACGAUUACGUCAAAAGCCGGAGAGAGUCUUUCGUGAGCUUAUCUGGUUGGACAAAACCGCAAAUUAUGCUUUAAAUGUCACGCAGGUUGACAUGGACAGUGCUUGUAUGGAAACAUGCAACAACACAAUCAUGGACAUACAACACAUGUCUUCUUGCAAAGAAUGGCAAGUGUUUCUUUAUGCUCCUACGAGGGAAAAUCAGUCAACGGAGAAAUGCUUUAUCAUGUUGCGAUUUCGACACACUCUGACAGAUUUGCACAAUUUGGCUGACGCAACGUCAAAAUGCUUUCGAGACCAGCAGGCGUCCACAUCUUGCGAGAAAAUGUGGAUGAGUCGAAACUUUUGUCUCGGUAUGUUCGCUUUCUUUGAAGGACCGAGCAUUUUCUUGAAAAGCUUGUUCAAGCCAAAGGACAGUAUGUUUGCGAGUCCCUUCAGCAAAAGAACUCUGGUUUAUGCGGAGCCUAUCAGCAAGAACGAUAUCGACAUUGUUACUACGGCAACAGGCGCAUCAGUGUGUGAUGUCAUUCUGUCCUGUCUUGCUGGCAGUCUACGAACAUGUAUGAGAUCACGUGGCAAAAACUUUCCAAAUGACGUCUCGGUGUAUUUCCCGAUUCAUUUGGACAGCGGCCGCUCCCUGCGUUGUUUUACUUCCUUCAAUAUUUUUUCGUUACCUGUGGCUACUGAAGGAGCAAUACCUCGCCUUUGGGAGACACAACUUCGUCGGAACAACACGUAUUCAAUCGUGGAGGCGAUCACGAGUCGUGUCAUUGUACAAUUGGCUUUUCUCAUACUCCCGUCAUGUUUAGCUAGACGACUAGUCCAAUCUUUCGUGGCAAAGGCAUCUUGUACCAUAAACUGUAUUUUAGAAGAUAGUUUGGAGGACUUACGAAUUGACGGCAGGCCCGUUGAGAAUUUUAUACCAAUGGAAGACAAAGACGAUGGAUUGAGCAUCACGAUUAUUCAAUACAAGGGUGUAUAUCAAAUGGCAGCGUUGAUGCCAAGCGCAAAUGACUAUGCAAUUCAUCCUUCGGAACUUUGCGCCGAGUUCGUCCGACAGAUACGCAAGCUCAGCAUACGAUUUACGGAGCGUGCGCGUGCCGUUCGCGCCCGGGGGCAGAAGGUUUUGAGUAGUCGACGAAAUAGUGUUUUUGUUAUUGAGCAAGAUGAAGAAAAAAGCCCCUAAGCAGCUGAGGUUAUCUAAUAAUCAGUCUAAUGAUUAUUAAUGCUAUAUUGCAUAUCUAUUUUUGAAGUUCAAGCUUCUCGAGUUUACUUUUUAAUAAAAGGAGCCACAACAAAUA